AUGUUCAUCAAGUUUAUGUGCUCGCAUCUUUCCGGUUCAAGUCCAAGAAAAUUCUACUGUUUAAUAAGAUGUCCGGACACGUCAUUGAUCCAGCAAAGAAAUCUAAGCUACCAGGGACAACGUCGCCGGGGAUUUCGAUUGACGUUGCUGCAGUGGCUCAGUGGAGUUCGUUCCCAGUAUUGCAUGUGGAAGCUACGUCGGCUACUCGCUCCAGACUUUGAUGAGUUUGAUUUUCUGAUUGGGGCUCGACAGGCAGCCAUCUCGAUAAUCGAGGCAGUGCGUCAAUCGGACUGGAAUCGUAUACAUAGCUGCUGCACCGAUGAGGGAGCCUGUGCCAUUUACAGUCUUUGCCAAAGUCAGAAAAACAUUCACUAUUCGAAACUUCUGCGCUUCGAGAGUCAACAUCUCUGCCAAGUGUCUCCGAAAUCCGUAAGAAGACACCGUGAGGAUGGUCGCACCUAUGUCUAUGUGAACUUGGCUUUUGUGGGACUACGCAACAUGCGAGACUUUGCCACAUUCGAUGAGCAACAAGAAAUGUUGCAACUGACUAGGCAAGUGCUGGAACAAUCUCGAUUCCUGAGCAGAAUUUGGCAAUCCAACAGCGAAUUGUGCUGA